CACAAAGCUGUUUACUUUAAAGAAAGAAAAAAAAAAAUUGGAAAAGGGCAGAAAGAAGAGAACCCACCAAAAUUCCCAGCUCAAAACAAAAAUAUUGGGAAAACCCCAAAAGCAAAGGGAGAAAUUUGGAUACAGGAUAAGUGAAUGAGCAAGAAUCAUGUGAUCCACCACCUCUUUCUCCCUCAGCCAAAAGACCCAUAAUAAAUUUGCCCACAAGUAACCAACCCUUUUGUUUUUGCCCUUUUUUUGGUUUCCGGGUACUACACUUCUACUGAUAUUUUUCUCUUUUGGAAGAGCUUCUUCCUCCGGGUUUGUUUUGUUUUGGGGGUUUUUAAAUUUUUUGAUCAAUGGCUUCAAGUGCUUCGAGGUUCAUCAAGUGUGUGACUGUGGGAGAUGGAGCUGUAGGCAAGACCUGCAUGCUUAUUUGCUACACUAGUAACAAGUUUCCUACAGAUUAUAUACCCACUGUUUUUGAUAACUUCAGUGCAAACGUGGCAAUGGAAGGAACCACAGUCAACUUAGGCCUCUGGGAUACAGCUGGACAAGAAGAUUAUAAUAGAUUAAGGCCCUUGAGUUACAGAGGGGCUGAUGUUUUCGUGUUAGCUUUCUCUCUAGUUAGUCGGGCAAGCUAUGAAAAUGUGCUUAAAAAGUGGGUUCCUGAGCUUCAGCAUUAUGCUCCAGGAGUCCCAGUAGUACUGGUUGGCACCAAAUUGGAUCUUCGUGAGGAUAAACACUAUUUGGCUGAUCAUCCUGGAUUGGUACCUGUGACCACCGCACAGGGGGAGGAACUCCGCAAACAGAUUGGUGCAGCAUAUUAUAUUGAAUGCAGCUCAAAAACUCAACAGAAUGUGAAAGCUGUUUUUGAUUCGGCGAUCAAGGUAGUUAUUAAACCAGCACAGAAACAAAAAGAGAAGAAGAAAAAGCCAAAUCGAGGAUGCCUAUUAAAUAUCUUUUGUGGGAGGAAGCUAGUGUGUCUCAGAUGAAUGCAGCUUCCUCUGAAUGUCACUCACUCAGUAGCAGUUCACAUUUUCUAAUCUUAUGUUCCACUAACGGUGGGAAUGGUAUCAUAUAUAUAUCUACUUUGCUUGUAUACUAAUCUACAUGUAUGUAGUGAUUUUUGAAGAUCAGCAGCAUUUUUCCA